AUGUCCCCGCCGCUGCCUUUGUUACGAGCACAGCGACUUGGUGGAUUGCCAGAUUUGAGUGAGCGGACAAUCAUUUUUAUUUUAUUUUUUGCAUAUCCACAGGCUUUUUUUUCACUGUCCUACCUGGAGAAGCUGGAUCUCAGUGGGAACCAGCUUACUGGUCUACCUGCAGACUUCUCAGUGAGCCUGUCUGGACUCAAGGAGCUGCGACUGGAGCGAAACAAUUUACAUCAUCUGUCUGCAUUCAGCUUUGAGUAUCUGGACAACGUUGAGAAACUGGACCUGAGUCGUAACCAUCUAGUCUCACUGGGCCCGGGUGUGUUCAGGGGGCUCACAAGGCUCAGGCAGCUCUACAUGCACAACAACAGACUGUCCGUAGUGCUCCAAGGGAGCCUCGAUAUGCUGCCCGGACUGGAGGUGCUCCAGCUGAGUCACAACAACAUUUCCCGGAUCGACACCAAGGCUCUGUCUCCUCUCUAUAAUUUGGCCGUUCUCGCUCUGGAGGGAAACAACCUGCGUCACUUGAAAUUCAAAACCUUCCUCAGUCUUCACACAACAGCGACGCACAUCCAGCUAGCAGGGAACCCUUGGAGUUGCGAUUGUGAUCUGCACCGCGUCUUCAGCAAGAUCCUUCACGUUCGCCAUCUCCACAUCGACGACUACCGCAACGUGACCUGUCACCAGCCGCCACAGCUGGCCGGGGCUUCUCUGGCUUGGGUAGACAGCCAAUUGUGCAUCGCAGAGACCGCCACCGUACUGGUCAUCACCAUCACCGUGCUGGUCACGGUGGUGGCAGCCGUGGUCAUGGCAGAACGCAACAGGAAGAGGAACCAUGGCAAGAACUGGGACACCGAAUCCCAAAACCACACACAAGGUCCUCCAUCCUGAGAGCAAUGUCACGACUGAGCUGGAACUGGGAUAAAACCCUGGAAUGGUCUCCAGUUAACAUCAUGCACAUUUAGUCACAUUGAUAUAUUAGGGUUAGAACAACAAAAGUUGUUAACUGUAGAAAAAAAAUGGGGAUAAUCGAACCACCAAAACACUAAUUCCGAUUAUUUCUCCUGUCACACAAGACACAAUAUUUUAUUAUAUUAUUUUGUUUUAUUAUUUAUUUUGUUUUAUU